UGUGUGUAACAGUGUGUAACAGUGAGUGUCUCUUCCAGCCGCCCAGGAUGAACAGGGUCUGGAAGCAAAGAGAUCCAUCAAGAAGAGGAUCAAACAGCUGAAGGUGCUGGACCCAAAGAUCGCCCAGAACCUCUCUAUCUUCCUGGGGUCCUUCAGGAUGCCUUACCAGGAGAUCAGACGAGCCAUCCUAGAGGUCGACGAGGAGCAGCUCAAUGAACCCAUGAUACAGAACUUGGUUAAACACCUUCCUGAACAGGAGCAGCUGAAUGCUUUGAUGAAGCUUCAGAAUGACUACAACAGUCUGUCUGAGCCUGAGCAGUUUGGAGUGGUGAUGAGCAGUGUGAAGCGACUGCGUCCCCGUCUCAACUCCAUCCUGUUUAAGCUGCAGUUUGAUGAACAGGUCAACAACCUCCGUCCAGACAUCAUGGCUGUUAACGCAGCCUGUGAAGAGGUGAGGAAGAGCAAGGGGUUCAGCCGGCUGCUGGAGCUGGUUCUUCUGCUGGGCAACUACAUGAACGCAGGCUCUCGCAACGCACAGAGCUACGGCUUUGACCUCGGUUCCCUCUGCAAGCUGAAGGACACGAAGUCAGCUGACCAGAAGUCAACGUUACUCCACUUCCUGGCUGCGGUGUGUGAGGAGGAGUUCCCAGAGGUCACCAAGUUCUCCGACGACCUGCAGCACGUUGACAGAGCCAGCCGAGUCUCAGCGGAGUCCCUGGAGAAGAACCUAGUUCAGAUGGAGAGACAGCUGGUCCAACUAGAGAGAGAUCUGGACACCUUCUCCUCUCCUGACGACUCUGAAGAUCUCUUCACUGCCAAGAUGUCUAGCUUCUCCACGUCGGCCAGAGAGCAGUACCAGAAGCUGAUGAUCAUGCACGGCAACAUGGGAACCCUCUAUCAGAACAUGCUGGACUACUUCGCUAUGGACUCCAAGAAGACCUCCGUGGAGGAAUUAUUCACAGACCUCAGCAACUUCAGAACCAUGUUCCUG